AUGGAUAAUAUAAAGAAUAAAUACCAACAGUUUGAAGACAGAAAUGCCCGUUUGGGAGAAGCUGUUCUUUUAAACAGAAGAUAUACGAGACUACGGAUGAUAAAAAAGCACCGUGAUCAAGAGGAGAGAGCGCAUGAAUUAAUAUAUUAUGGUAGAAAACAUCUAGACCUAAUGGACAAAUCUUUAGAGGAAUAUUCUCCAACCACUAUGGAAGCUCUGUUUGAUCCUGGUGAAGAUGGAAUCACUCCUGCGACUGUGGUCCUACAAGGACCGGCUGGGAUUGGAAAAACUAUGACUGUUAAAAAGAUCAUGCUUGACUGGGCCUUUGGAAAUCUAUAUCAGGACAGAUUUCAUUUUAUCUUUUAUAUCAGUUGUAGGGAGAUCAAUCACUUCACAGAUAAUAUAAGCAUUGGUACUUAUAUAGCCAGGAGCAACGGAUUACAAUGCCAACAUAAUCUGAUUAAAUCUAUUUUUGAAGAUGCUGAAAAAAUCCUUUUUAUAAUUGAUGGUUUUGAUGAAUUGGAUUUCCCCCUUGGGAAUGAAGCAGAGAUUAACAUAGAUACAAUCCAAGAGACUCCCAAAGAAAUUCUUCUAAAUUCUUUAUUCAGAAAACAGAUUUUUGAAAAGUCUUCACUGAUUAUCACCACAAGACCAUAUACCCUAGAGAAACUAAGGGAGAUUAUUAGAUUGUCCCGUUAUGUAGAAAUUAUGGGAUUUACUGGUGAAAACCGGGAAAAAUAUUUCUCCAAUUUCUUUGAAAGUAAACAACAAGCAGAUAAAGCUCUGAGUUUAGUGAAACAAAAUGACACUCUGUUUACAUUGUGUACUGUCCCUAUUACAUGCUGGAUUGUGUGCACUGUUCUUAAACAACAAAUUAAAAAGGAUUUCAGCUUGAUUAAUAAUAACACAACCACCUCUAUUUACGUGCUUUAUCUAAAGAGUUUGAUAAAGUACCAUGGUAGAAGCUCCAAUCAAUGUAUAAGCUCCUAUAUAAAGAAAUUUGGUGCUUUAGCCAAGGAAGGAGUAUGGAAUCAGAAAAUCAUUUUUGAGGAAGAAGACCUAGAAAAGCAUGCAGUUACUGUGUCAGACAUUGCAUCUCUCUUCCUGAAUGAGAACAUCUUUCAAAGGGACAUUGAGAGUCAAACCUGUUACAGCUUUGUACAUCUGAGUGUACAGGAGUUCUUUGCUGCUCUGUAUUAUAUACUGAGCGAGGAGGCAGAAAGUUGGGAUGUCUCGCAGUUUACUACUUCACAAGGAGAAGUCAGGCCACACUUCACAUUAACUGUACGAUUCUUGUUUGGACUUGCCAAUGAAAAACUAAAAGCAACGAUCGGUGAAAUCACUCAGUGUAAAGUAUAUCCUGCAUUUAAAUCUGUCUUGGAAGAACUGGUAACAAAAUAUAAAGUGAAACAUUAUCAUAAUGAAAUACUGAACUGUUUGUAUGAGACUCAGGAUGAAGACUUUGUUAGAAGAAUGAUGUCUCAAAUGGUAGACCUGAGGAUUGAGGAGAUGGAAGAGAAUUCAAUACACCAAUGUCUGUCUUACUGUUUGAUAAAAACCAAAUGUGUUCACAGCCUUUCUAUGGAGAAAUGUUCACUUAAUCCCGAGACACUAAGAGCAUUAGCUCCAGGACUUCACAACUGUUCAUCAAUUGAGUAAGUAUUUUAAACAAUUGGGGACAUGAUUUGUGAUGAUCAUUAAGGUUAGAGGGUGAGUAGUGUGAUAAUGGCAGGUACAGUAAGGAUAUAGCAAGUUGUGAUUGGAAUUAUCCAACAAAAGAAACCACAAUUAGACACAGAAAUAGAAUGACAAGCCCCACUAGCGUAGCACAGUGUAAUAGUGUAGAGCUGUCAGGAUUACAAGUUGAUCCAGCACGCAGUACUGUGUCACACCUAGGAUAACGUAUAACUGGACCUUAGAAUGGCCGGACUUAACGUCUCUAAGAAAGCCGAGGUCAGGAACACAGAAUCAGACACAAAGAUGAGGGAAAGCCAGAAGUCAAGGAUACCAGAUAUCAGGGAAGCCAAAUACCAGAAAAUCAAGAUCAGGAACAGACUCUCAGAUAACCAUACACAUGACACAACAACAGGGCACUGAGCAAGAGGAGAACUAGGCCUAAAUACCCCUCCUGUGGAUCUGAUUGUCUGUAACCGGCCUUUGACCCCAAAAGCAAUUACCAGGUUUCCAUUUGCAAGAUUGCUGCUCAGCACAAACCCUCCUGUGGAUUUGAUUGUUGCUUGGCACGAUUUUUCCUGUCAGGGCAGUAAAUGCCAUUAAUCACAUUUUUAUGUGCGGAUGAAUACGUAACAUUACCCCCCACCUGAAGAAUGCCCACCGGGCUGGCAGGACCAGGUUCGAGAGGAAACUUGGUGUAAAAAGAACAAAUUUUACGGCCAGCAUGGAUAUCAGAAGCCGAAACCCAUGAAUGUUCAGCAGGCCAUUGCAUUGGGCUGUCUGCAAAAUUUCAUGUUACAAUGUGCUUUUGUUAAAUGCCGCUAGGUAUAUUCGUAUUGUACAUAGCAUUCAUUUGAUUGUUCGGUAUUUUCAUUCUGUUCACCAUACGAAUAUAAACACCGUACCAUCCGACCACCCCAGAGAUAAGUGUGCCCCUCGUUUAGUAUUUCCUGUUCUGUAACUGCAGGCUAAUUGGUAAUUAAAUCGUUACUUUGUGUGUAUCUGGGUGGCCACUGUUCGGCAUACGAACAACGUGGCAGGGCCAUCUUGCAUAUGAAUGCUCAGCGGUGUUUGGUCAUCGAGUGUCUGGAACUCAAAUCGGACACUCGAAUACCUGAACACCGCGGAGACCUCCAGAGCUCCAUAACUCACGAACGGAAUACCCAACCGGGUCCCCGUUCGGUGAAAUGAAUGUCCCGAACGAGGGGAUUAAUACGAACGCCAGCUCAGCUCUGGAUGGCAUAGAUUUGUAUGUGUUUUACCUCCCGAACAAAGGCUACCACCUCGUGUGCUGUCAGUCAAAAUUGUCACUUCCACCUAAAUCCUGAACCCCUGGUCCGAUCUGGGUGAUUUUUGAAUAUGUUGAUCACCCAGAUCAGGGCUACCACUGCAUACCUAUAUCUGACAAAUUUGGGGUACAUCUGGAAACGGGGUAAAACUGUGUAAGGGAUAAGUGGAUUAUGUGUCACACUGAGGGGAGGAGAUGUGUGGGAGGUGACGAGCAACUGAUUGGUUACUGUAAUAAUUAUUGUGGGUGUCUCCCUUGCAUGGGAGAAAUGCUUAAAAGAAGGUUGUGUGAAUUAAAAGUUCAGUUUUGCUCCUGAUGCUGUGUGUCAUCCAGACAUUGGGAAACUUAAUGGAAUACUUUUGGAUUACUUUACUAAGCGUGAAUAUUAUUCUCUUGGGUUUUACAACUUGUUCCUGAGCCUCUCUUGGAUUACCAACGGAGAUAGUCUGUGAGAAACCAACUCUCCGCUACAAUGCUCAUACCCCCUCCAAUAAACCAAAUAUUGUAAGGAACCACAAGAAAACCUGGAAUCAAUGAUGGAGGAGACUUCAUACUCCUCCUGUCCAGAAACAAUCAAAGAAGGAGGUGGAACAAUAGGACUAGCGUACCGAUUGCAAACAAGCGGUUUGAGCAAGGACACAUGAAAAGUAUUAGGUAUACGGAAGGAUGCUGGAAGGGCCAGAGAAGAAACAGGGUUUCCUGCUGAGCCGGCUGCAUCUGCAAAUAUACUCAACUCUUCAUUAGACCUGAAAUCUUCCUGCCACAAUGUUCUGCCAUUGAAACCUUUCCAUACCCAAAGAUCAUCUUUCAUCUCCUUGUUCACACGAAUGGGGAGAUUUUUUUCCUCAAAGUGCUAAUGCUAGGUUACUACUAAACACUCUUCCCAUAGGGAUAACUCUUGUACUGAAUGACAAUAAACCAAGCAAGGAUUGCAACAUUUUAACUGUAAUUUUUCUUGCUGACAUAAUUUAUCUAAAAUGUUAAACAAUUUUGUAACUUUCUCAGAAGGUAAACGGAACGCCAUUUGUACUGUAUCAAUCACAAUGCCAAGAAACUGCAGCUCAGUUGUUGGACCCAUUGUUUUUUAAUCUCAAGUGCAACUCCAAAAUAGCCUGCCUAACCAAUAAAAUAAUCUAGCAGCCUCUUGCAAUCCUGUGUGUCCCUUGGGCCAUAAACAAAAAAUCAUCGAAAUAAUGAAUAACUGAAUCAAUAGCUGAUACCUUGCUCAAUGCCCACUCCAAAAAAAGAAGAAAAACUUUCUAAAUAAAAACAUGAAAGGGAACAACCCAUAGGUAAACAUUUAUAAUUAAAAAAAAAAGUUCCAUCAAAUUAAAAACCUAAUUAAUUAAAAGAUAAUUGGCAAUAGUCUGAAUGCAGCUUCCACAUCUAUUUUUGCUAGCAGGACACCUUUGCCACAAACUCUUACUCAGUUAACAGCAUCAUCAAAAGAAGCAUAAGUCACACAAAAUCAUCUUUAUUGAUGUCAUCAUUUAAAGAACAACCCAACGGAUAGGACAAGUGGUGAAUUAGGCUAUAUUUCCCUUUUUCUUUUUAGGAACUAGACUUAAAGGUAACAAUCUAAAUUUAGAGAAAGGGUGAGGAGAUCAAAUUGGCCUUCAAUCCUACUCAGUUCUAGCUCUUUUUUAAUCUAGCUACUAGAGGUCGAUCUCUAACCAAUUUUAAAUGUUUUCCCAUUUCACUGGGGUCAAAGCUUUUGUGAGUUGACUCUCUAACUGGGAUCUGAGAUUUGGAUAAGUUUUUCGGAAGCAGCGAACAAGUUGAUGGGCCCCUCUGCAGUGGGUGCAUUCAUAAUUAUAUUUACAGUUAUUCGGCCAUUUGCAUUGGGCCUCACUGAAUGCCCAGCAGAUGCCUCUUUUUUGUUGUGUAUUGAUAUUAAAUCUGUUAAAGGAAAACCUUUGUGGCAUCAUUAUGCUCACCCACAAGCCCACCUCUUUCAUACUCGAUGACAAAUUAGGAUGAAACAUCUCGUCAUAGGUAUUCCAUGCAGAGCCCCCAUGAUUUUUGUAUGCCUCCAGAACUGUGUCAACAUAUUGAAUAAUUAAGAAAAAAAUAAGAGGGAUGGAACAAACUGCUCACAACGGGGAGGGGGAGGCUGCACACUUGAAAGGAAGGGUAACCCUCAAAACUCUUCAAAGGAUUGGAAAAACAGGAAACAACAAUUACAGGGUGCGCCAAGAACAAAGUAAAUAAAUAAAAUGGAUAAUAGGAAAAAAAAAAUACCAGGGAAACAGGCAAAUUAAAGUCUCUAAUUCACAGGUAUAUUCUUCUUAAAUUCUCAGGACGUCUUGGGUCAAGUUCUCAUCAGCAUAUAUGAAAGAGAAAAAAAAAACAUACAGAGGGGACCAAUGGUACAGUAACGUAAAGGAGUAUGGCUACAGACAACACUGAGAUUAAGAAAUGCCAACUCACAUUUGUGGGAGCUAUAACCAGCUCGAGUAAAACAGCAUACAGUGGUAUUUAAACUUCCCACAUGUAGGAAAUUCCUCUCACGAGAUUUUCAGUGCAGGUUAUAUGAAAUAAAAACACAAGAGAAGGCCCAUAGUACUCUCUAUAUUAAAAAAGUGCUGGAUAAAAUAAGAGAUGUACUUACAAUUUACAGAGCAGACAAACUGCUCUGUGUAAACAUAUUGAAUAAUUAAGAAAAAAAUAAGAGGGAUGGAACAAACUGCUCACAACGGGGAGGCUGCACACUUGAAAGGAAGGGUAACCCUCAAAACUCUUCAAAGGAUUGGAAAAACAGGAAACAACAAUUACAGGGUGCGCCAAGAACAAAGUAAAUAAAUAAAAUGGAUAAUAGGAAAAAAAAAAUACCAGGGAAACAGGCAAAUUAAAGUCUCUAAUUCACAGGUAUAUUCUUCUUAAAUUCUCAGGACGUCUUGGGUCAAGUUCUCAUCAGCAUAUAUGAAAGAGAAAAAAAAAACAUACAGAGGGGACCAAUGGUACAGUAACGUAAAGGAGUAUGGCUACAGACAACACUGAGAUUAAGAAAUGCCAACUCACAUUUGUGGGAGCUAUAACCAGCUCGAGUAAAACAGCAUACAGUGGUAUUUAAACUUCCCACAUGUAGGAAAUUCCUCUCACGAGAUUUUCAGUGCAGGUUAUAUGAAAUAAAAACACAAGAGAAGGCCCAUAGUACUCUCUAUAUUAAAAAAGUGCUGGAUAAAAUAAGAGAUGUACUUACAAUUUACAGAGCAGACAAACUGCUCUGUGUAAAGCGCCUGGGUGGUACGAUCCCCACCAUGGAUUCUUUGGAUGGUAUAAAAGCUUCAGAUGUUUAGGAUAUGCCAGGUAAAAUAAUAAGGAUAAAUAUAAAAGUAUUUAAAAUAGUCAGAAAAAACACUUUUAUUUAGAUUAAACCAAAACACGUUUCGCCACAAAAGGCUUCUUCAAGUGUACAAGUGCACACUUUUUUAACAGACCUGACUAUUUUCCUGCUAAAACUAACUGAACCUAAGCCCCUCCCCCCCACAGCUACAUGUCACAUGGGGCUAAUGGCCCGCUCUAUCACAUUGUACAUUCAUAUACCAUCACACACACAUGCAGGGAGGAAUUCCAAAUGGAAUCUGUGGUAGCAGGUGGGGUCGGGUGGGGUAACAUGCUUAGCUUGGCCUAGGGCAGCAUAAAGGUUAAAUACAUCACUGCAUAUAAUUCAUUACCAAUGGGUGUUUUUUUGUAUGACUUUUACAGAGCGCAGGUUACUAUUUAUAAUGCACCAACAUAAUGUACUGCGCGGGAUAGGGCAAUUCCAGCAAGACAAGUUUGACUUAGAAAAUAGAAAAUGGCAAGUAAUGGAUCAGAUCCCAUUAUCUGUUGUGUUUCUCUCAUCUCUCUGCAGGUUGCGGUGCUGUGAUCUGACCUCAUCCGGCUGUGAGGAUCUUUGCUCUGUUAUUAUCACAAGCCGAUCUCUGACCAAACUGGAUCUGAGAGGAACUAACCUGCAGGAUUCAGGAUUGAAGCGUCUGUGUGAGGGUCUCAUGGACGCAGACUGUACCCUGCAGGAAAUGCGGUGAGAACUGAACUAUUAAUUAUAUAAUAAUCCUCUCAGAUCAGGAGACCUUAGAGGAUUUAAAAGCUGGGAUAAAGCUUUGGGAACCAUUUAGCUCCCUCCUCAUGCUCUAAUCUGUGGGGAAAACACUAAGUGAGCGAGAGAGAAAGAAAGAAAGAGGUUAACACAGUAAAGGAGUUUAAGCAUGCGUGGGAGAGGCAUAAGGCUGUCCUAACUAUAAGAUAAGGCUAAGGACUAAUGAAAGUAUUUAGAAAAUUGGGCAGACUAGAUGGGCCGAAUGGUUCUCAUCUGCCGUCACAUUCUAUGUUUCUAUGUAAAGCAUUUAGUGACUGACAACAAAUACUAACAACCUUUCUCUUUGGAUAUUUUUUACUGUUUAUAGGGUUAAAUGUGUACCUGGCACAGGGUAAUGGCAAGUAACGGAUCAAGUCACAUUAUCUGUUGUGUUUCUCCUAUCUCUCUACAGAUUGAAGCGCUGUGGUCUGACCUCAUCCUGCUGUGAGGUUCUUCGCUCUGUUAUUAUCACAAACCGAUCUCUGAUUAAACUGGAUCUGUCAGAUAACCUGCGGGACUCGGGAUUAAAACAUUUGUGUGAGGGUCUCAGGCACCCAGACUGUACCCUGCAGGAGCUGGAGUAAGAACUGUGCUAGUAAUUAUAUAAUAAUCCUCUCAGGUCAGAACAUGGAGAGUUUAACAGCUGGGAUAAAGCUUUGGGAACCAUUAACUCACUCCUCAUGCUCUAAUCUGAGUGGAAAACACUGAGAUAAAAAUAAACUGUUUGCCAAUAUUUUCAUACAAAGUAAGCAUUGUGCUUCGGGAAAAACUUCAUUUCUGGCACUUGUGAAUCCAAAUGACAAGUAACUGGCCUCAUGUUUUUUUUUGUUUGAGAAGAAGAUUGGGUAGCAUUGUAUGGAUUUCUUUUUUUCUUUAACUUGUCACUAGUCUCUGCUAUUUGAGGAACAGUAGAUUCAACUAUUUUGGACCUGUUUUCUUGAUUUCUUGUUAUACCUUCUUUCUCAGAACAGAAAGGGAUAGGGAUAAAGGACAUCAAAAAUCCCUAUGAAGGCUAGAGCAUCCCAGCAAGUAAGAAUAGUUAAAACAUAACUUUUAAUUGGAUCAUUACAAAAUCAAAUGAUGAUUUUAAAAUAUAAACACAAAAUAGAAAGUUCCAAAAUGUAAGCUAUAGUAAUCACAUAUUCUUGGAUACAAUUCUAUGAAUUUAUACUCUUUUUAAAUAACGAAAUUUCUAAUUACAAUGUAUCCAUAUCCAAAAUACAAUGUACUGACAUGGUCCCCUUAAGCAUGUGUACACUAAUCCUCAAGGCACACUCCUGGGAGUAAUUACAGAAAAGGGUAAAACAAGGGUAUGCCCUGGAAGAGCCAGUUAAUGGCGAAACGCGCGUCGGGACGGUUCUGUGUUGGUGCACUAUAGAUAUGGGAUGAUUUUAGUAUUAUAUACUGACCUUAAGAGACAGGCAACACUUUUAUUUUUAUUUUAUUUGUUAUUUUUUUCCUAUCGAGAUUGUGAUGGCAUCUCAUCUUUUGUUUUAUACUUCCUACAAUUAUCCUACAAUUGCUAUCUUUUGGCAAGGGGUGGGGUAUAGUGUAGCCCUCUAUAUUUAGAUUUAGCUUAACGUAUACACAGCUGGUGGGAGGUAGACAUUUUUUAUGGGGUGCCCUCGAAGACACGUCACUGUAGCCCAUUCUGAGUAGCCUUAGGGUUACUUCUUUUUUUUUUGGUUUCCUUUUUUCCCUUCUUUUUUCUAUACAACCCCUUGUUUUACCCAUUUCUGUGAUUACUCCCAGGAGUGUGCCUUGAGGAUUAGUGCACACAUGCUUAAGGGGAUCAUGUCAGUACAUUGUAUUUUGGAUAUGGAUACAUUGCAAUUAGAAAUUUUGCUACUUAAACGAAUGUAAAUUCAUAGAAUUGUAUCCAAGAAAAUAUGAUUACAAUAGCUUACAUUUUGGAACUUUCUUUAUUGUGUUUAUAUUUUAUCUUAUACUAGAUUGUUUAAAAUCAUCAUUUGAUUUUUUUAAUGAUCCAAUUAAUUAUUUUGAUUUUUAAUGAUCCAACACUCGCCCUUAAAGUUAGUUUUUAUUCAAUCUUCUUUCUCAGUUUCUAUAAUUGCUGAACAGCUUGAAGUAGUACUCAUUCUCUCUGAAUAGUCCCAUGCUUUAACCAACUGUCCAAAUCCAUGAUUGUUUAUUGGUAAAAAAACAAAACACUUGGAAAAAUGCAGAAGAACUUAACUGAAGCAGGAUUUUGAGUCAGUCUUGGAACAAAACGAUUUGAACACUUUGAAAUAGUUAUGCAAUAAGUUUAACAAAGAAAAAAACAUGGAUGAGAAGCCCAACCCAAGUAAAGUUUUUCAGUUAACAGUUUUCAGCCCCUAACAGGGUCUUUCAAUGUCCCUACCUAACAACGCCUUUCAAUGCCCCUACCUAACAGAGCCUUUCAAUGUCCCUGACAGAGAAUUUCAAUGUCCCUACCUUGCAGACUUUUUCGAUGUCCCUAACAGAGUCUUUCAAUUUCCCUACCUUACAGAGCCUUUCAAUGUCCCUAACAGAGCUUGCACUUUCAGGUCCACUCUCUAUCACUCUCUACCACGAGUGAUAGAAAAUGGCUGACAGUAGGGCAGGCUGACUGCAGGGCGAGCUUAUGAUCGCGCUCCCAUGAUCCAUUAAUAAGAUUGUGGUUUCGCAAUCUUUGCUGUUUCUUACCUUCCGGGAAUAGCAGGUAGCGGCAGCCAUCUUGUUUGUGGGGAAUCACAGAGAAACGCCAAUUUUGUUCUCAGGGAACCCAAGGUUCCGCGGAACACCAAUUGGGAAACGUUGGGUUAAAUAUUUACCUGGCACAAGGGUAAUGGCAAGUAAUGGAUCAGGUCAUAUUAUCUGUUGUGUUUCUCUCAUCUCUCUGCAGAUUGUUUGGCUGUGGUCUGACCUCAUCCUGCUGUGAGGAUCUAUGCUCUGUUGUUAUCACAAACCGAUCUCUGACCAAACUGGAUCUGUCAGGGAAUAAACUGCAGGACUCUGGAGUUAAGUGUCUGUGUGAGGGUCUCAGGCACCCAGACUGUAUCCUGCAGGAGCUGUGGUAAGAAUUGUAACAAGUCAAUGUAAUGUUUUAUACCUGUCACAUACAAAUCCCACAUAUGUCACACGCAAUGUGAUUUUAUCUAUCUGUCUCACUGUCAAAACCAUGUAUUUUACAUAUUUCAAUAUUAAAGAAUUUUAAAAAAAGAAUCCUCUCAGGUCAGGACAUUGAGAGGGUUUAACAGCUGGGAUAAAGCUUUCGAUACCAUUUUUUAUUGCAUCUCUCCUCUUGCUCUUAUCUUGGGGGAAAACACUAACUGAGAGAGAAACAAAACAUUUAGUGACUGACAAAAUUACUAACAACCUCUCCCUUUGGAUAUUCUUUACUGUUUAUAUGGUUAAAAAAUAGGAAAUGGCAAGUAAUGGAUCAGAUCCCAUUAUCUGUUGUGUUUCUCUCAUUUUUCUACAGGUUGCAGUGCUGUGGUCUGACCUCAUCCUGCUGUGAGGAUCUACGCUCUGUUAUUAUCACAAACCGAUCUCUGACCAAACUGCAUCUGAGAGGGAAUUACCUGCAGGACUCAGGAUUAAAAUUUCUGUGUGAGGGUCUCAGGCACCCAGACUGUACCCUGCAGGAGCUGUGG